CCCUCUCCUCACCCCCGAUAGAGGCCAUGCCUUCUUCUCCACCUUUGCGCCCUCGCCCGACGGCACGAGAGGUCCCGAGCUCUCAGGCGACAAUCCGAAAGGCUUCAUGGGCCACGUGAAGAACUUCGCGCCCGGAAAGGCGCCCAAGAAGCUCCUCGACCCCCCGCCCGCGUCGUUCCUGCGCCCGCCCGCUUCGGGGCUGUCGUACGGCGCGUUCCCGGUGAUGACGCUCCUCUCGAAGGGGAGCACGCUCGACCGCGGCUUCCCGUACAUCUCGCCCGAGUGCGGGGUGGGGGUCGCGCCGCACCCGUUCGUCGCGCACGACGUGAACGAGCAGGACUGGCGGCAGUUCUUGCACGAUGUACGCGUCGCGGGGAGCUUGAGCCCGAUGAACCGGGUCGUGUCGGGCCUGGCGCCGUUGGCGCUGCCGGGGGUCGGGAUCAUCUUUGGCUUCUUCGUGGUGAAGGGGUUAGACAGCAUGAUGAGGAGGACGAAGAAGGGCCCGGCGUCGCAGCUGAUCGACCAUUGGAACCACUACUUCUUUCACCCUCGGUGUAUACAUGUAGGCCUGACUCAGGGUCCGCCCAAAACCUGGAAGGGCAGGCCAGACAGGUCACAGGGUUGGGACAAUAACUGGCGAUUGAUUAUAUCGUACAGGCCAUACACUCCGAUGUAGCGUGCAGGCGGCAGAGUCUGGACGUCAUACUAGAUCGUUGUCUGGCCCUGACAUUGACCGAUAGAUAUAACUAAUCUCAGUAGGCCAUGAACAAAUUGGAGUCUAGCUUACUGUAGGCUACCCGC